AAUCAACACAAUGCUGACCAUCUUUCUGUCUUUGGUGCUGCUGUUGUCCCAUUCCUCUGCAGUCAGAAACUUCAAGGACGGACCGGUCGUCGACGAAGAUGGCCGAGAGUAUAAAUCCGCCGGCGUCGGCGUGGACGAGGUCGACGCGACGAAUGAGGAAAGGCAACCCGUGCAGGUGACGUGCACGGAGAGGUCGAUGAUCAUAGAGGUGAUGGCCGAAGUGUUUGGAUCGAGACGUCCCGUGUCUCCCGGUGAGCUUUUUCUGGGCGGUGCGGAGCAUUCGGGUUCUGGAGCGUGUCAGGCCCUCCCUGCCGCCGACGCCAAUUACAUCAUCAAAGCCGGGCUGCUGGACUGCGGCACCCAGUUAUCAUUAUCCGACGACUCCGUUAUUUAUUCCAACCAUCUGACCUUUUCACCUCAACGCCGUCAUGUCAUUACAAGGCUGACCCAAGCUGUUAUUCCCGUUUCCUGUCACUAUAGAAGGUGAGCAGGGUGUGGCCUCAG